GUGCUCGUUCCACUCGUGUCACCGUGGGUUCUUAUGGGUUAAAACAGCCGCUGAAGGCCUCAGUUACAUAGUAACUUAACAACUUUAACAUGGGCUAAAGGAGGCAUAUAAACCAUUUGUGGGAACUAAAGGAGCACCAAAUCUUCUGUUGAAUAAAGUGGACGAACUAGCUGAUCCAGGAACAAAGUAGGAGGAGACAGACCAGCAACAAGAUGGGCUGAGCUUCACCUGUUGUAAAAAAGUUGUAUCCUUGACUGACUGGAGAGCCACAGGGGUUGGCCACCAUGCUCAUGCCAGAUAAAGAUAUGGACAUACGCAUGAGAGCAAGAUGAAAGAGACUUGAGCAUCAAGGAGGAGUCACCGCUGCAUCUAAGAGAGAAACGGUGUUACAUUUUGACACUUCGUCGGGUAUUUUACCAAAAAAAAAAGCAUGGCAGCUGUGUGUAGGAUAGCGCUUAUAUUGUGUGUGUUACUGCUGGUGUCCAGAGGACUGAGCCUGCCCAGUGUGGACCGCUCUGAACACAAAGGACAUGAGACUCAGACAAGCAGUGAUCAUGGGACAUCCACGACGAGCUCCACCGCAGGAACCGGGAACGUGACGGACUCGGGUCAAGACAGUCAUGGUCACGGUGAUGGUCAUGAUGAUGGUCACGGAGGGGAGCCCAUCACUACCCUACCCAUUGUCUCCUGGAAGUGGCACCAUGUUUCUAUCCCAUACCUGGUGACUGUUUGGAUUCUGGUGUGCUGGCUCUGCAAACUCAUGAUUGAAGCUAACCAUCAUGUGACCAACAUCAUCCCAGAGAGCGCCCUGCUCAUUUGCUUUGGUUUCAUCCUGGGUGGCAUAAUCUGGGGUGCAGACAAGGUGCAGACCUUCAAACUCACCCCGACCGUCUUUUUCUUUUACCUGUUGCCUCAAAUCAUCCUGGAUGCGGGCUACUUCAUGCCGAACAAGCUGUUCUUCAGCAACAUGGGGACCAUCAUGGUCUACGCCAUCAUUGGGACCUGCUGGAACGCUGCCAGCGUCGGUCUCUCACUGUGGGGGUGUCACAUGGGAGGAGCCAUGGGUAAUCUGGACAUCGGCCUGCUGCAGUAUCUUCUGUUCGGCAGUCUGAUUGCUGCUGUGGACCCGGUAGCGGUCCUUGCCGUGUUUGAGCAGGUCCACGUCAAUGAGGUCCUCUUCAUCCUGGUGUUCGGAGAGUCACUGCUCAAUGAUGGUGUGACAGUGGUGCUCUUCAAUGUAUUUGAUUCAUUUGUUUCUCUGGGAGGAUCCCAAAUUGAUGCCGUGGAGAUAAUCAAAGGAAUAAUUUCUUUUUUUGUGGUGGCAUUCGGUGGCUCCCUCCUCGGCAUGGUGUUUGGUUUGCUGCUCUCUCUUCUGACCAGAUGCACUAAAAACAUCCAGAUCAUUGAGGCGGGCUUCAUUUUUGUGGUGGGGUAUCUCUCCUACCUCACCGCCGAGAUGCUCUCCCUCUCUGCUAUCCUUUCAAUUGUCUUCUGCGGUGUCUCCUGCCAAAAGUACAUCAAUGCCAACAUGGAUGAAAGGUCCGUCACCACUGUCAGAUAUGCCAUGAAGGUGCUCGCCAAUGGGUCAGAAACCAUCAUAUUUGUCUUCCUCGGCAUCUCAGCUGUGGAUAAGACAUUAUGGGUGUGGAACACGGGCUUCAUCCUCCUCACGCUACUUUUCAUCUUCGUGUAUCGCAUCAUAGGUGUCUUUUUCCUAACUUGGAUCAUGAACAAAUUCCGACUGGUCCCACUGGAGGUCAUCGAUCAGAUCAUUAUGAGCUACGGUGGCCUGCGAGGGGCGGUUGCCUAUGGCCUGGCAGUGAUGCUGGAUGACAACAAGAUAAAGGAGAAGAAUCUAAUGAUCUCCACAACUCUGAUCGUAGUUUAUUUCACUGUCAUUCUUCAGGGAGUAACAAUGAAACCUCUUGUCAAAUGGCUGAAAGUGAAGAGAGCUGCAGUUUCCGAACUCACACUAAUAGAAAAAGUUCAAAACAAGGUCUUCGAUCACAUGCUUGUUGCCAUUGAAGACAUAUCUGGACAAAUUGGACACAACUACAUGAGAGACAAGUGGAGUCAUUUUGAGGAGAGGUGUAUGUCAAGAGUUUUAAUGAAGCCAUCCGCAAGAAAGAAUCGUGACUAUGUCUUCAAAGUUUUCCACAAGCUGAACCUCAAGGACGCAAUGAGCUAUGUGGCUGAGGGUGAACGCAGAGGCUCUCUGGAGUUCAUCCGCAAUGAUUCUGCAUUUAUUGACUUCAAGAAGAAGUUUGGGGAAAACUUCUCAGAGGUCAUGCCUGACAUCAUGGCGGACAUGGCAGGCGAUAGCUGUGCAGCAUCGGCUGUGAGAAGAGACCCUGUGCCAUCGGUGAGUUUGGAAAUGCAUGAGCAGACCAUAAAAGGCGUGAGGGAAGUAGAGGACAUCAACAGUCACCAUUUGCUGCAGCAGCACUUGUACAGGGGCAGGAAACAGCACCGGCACAGGUACAGCCGGAGUCAUUUUGAGGUCAACAAGGAUGAAAACGAGGUGCAGGAGAUCUUCCAGAGGACCAUGAGAAGUCGUUUGGAGUCUUUCAAGUCCGCAAAGAUGGGUGUCGCCCCGCCAAAGACGAUAACCAAGCACCAAAAGAAAGACCAACAACAGAAGAUGUCAUCAGAAAAAAUAACAGACAAAAGUAAAAGCUACCAUUCUGGUGAUGAAGAUUUUGAGUUCUCAGAGGGAGACAGUGCCUCUGGCUCUGACUCGCUCGCCAUGAGGGUCACCUACAGAGUAGGAGCCGGAAUAGAGAAUCCAGCCUUCAUGCCAGAGCUGGACUCCAUGGCGCCUCUGCAGAUCCCACCAUGGUUGGCGGAGGCCGAACUCGACACCAGCAUGGUGGCCCCCUCGCAGAGGGCCCAAGUGAGGCUGCCAUGGACCCCCAGCAACCUGCGGCGCCUUGCACCGCUACGCAUCAGUACUCGCUCCACAGACUCUUUCAUGCAGGCGGACGCACCAGCCACACAAGGCAGGGAUGAAGGCGACCUACUGCCGCCAUUAACGCCACCGCCACCACCUUCUGACAGACAUGGUGGUCACAUGUAGCCACCAUCUUUGCCUCCCUUAAACUCGGCUGCCAAAGAAACUUACCUCAGACUUUGCACUGCCUCUGGUCAAAAUCUUGUCAAGGUAAUGAAGGUUUUUGGACUGUAAAUCUCGUGUUUUCAAACAAAACAUUCACCAUCUCAUAACCUUAGUACUCUUGACAUGGCGCGCCAUCUUCACCCUUUGCUUAGCAGGUAGUGUGGGAGAUGUUAUUUACAUGUUGAACAUUAUCGUAUCAUAUCAAGUGGCCCUCAGUAAACUUGUCAUGUUGAAAAACGCAUGCCACGCAUUGUAAAGACAUUUUUCAAGGUAUGUGUAGCUUUUUAUUUAUAAAGAUAAUUAAUAUAAUUCAAGUAAUAUGAAGGCUACAGUGUAGCGUUAAAUAAAUUCCACCCAUGUAAUCUUUUAUGUGCAUUUUCCUUAUUGCAACAGUACUUGAGAUAAAACAUUAGACUUGAAGCGCAGGACGGUUUCGAUGAUGACCACAUAUUUAUUAACAAAUUAAGUUUGUUGUUUUAUGUACAUAGCACAAAGUUCAUCAGCACUAUAGCCACAACAAAAUGUUGAACUGUUUGGAGCUGAAUGUGGAUUUUCAGAAUAAAAAAAAA